AUUUCACCCAAAUUGAAAGUGGAUUCUUUUGCAGCACGUGACAUGGAGCGCCAGGUUGGUUCUCUCUCUCUCAGCGUGCGGGUCCAACUCUCAACACAGCACCGAUAGCCCGAGCUUGCAUCUUAUGUGCAUCAGGCAGAAGCCAUUGUUGCCGCUCAUCUCAUGAUGCAUCAAAUUCGCACCUGCGCUUCCAAAUAACCUGAAGACCACCUGCACAGUAUCAAGACUCAACAGGACGGCUCAGGAUGCAUGAGAUCAUAACGCUUCAGCUUGGGCAGAGGAGUAACUACCUCGCGACUCACUUCUGGAACACUCAAGAGUCAUAUUUCACAUAUUCGACUGACGAGGAAUCCCUGGUCGAUCACGAUAUCCAUUUUCGACCUGGUAUUGGAGCAGACGGGACCGAAACGUUCACUCCGAGAACACUUAUCUAUGAUCUCAAGGGUGGGUUUGGUUCUCUGAGAAAGAUCAAUGCUCUGUAUGAGAUCGAGGAACCUGUGGUCCAACAUGGUGUCUGGAAUGGACCAGCAGUCAUUCAGCGACAGGCAGCUAUCCAACAAAGCGCUUACCAGCAGAGCCUCGAGGAGGGACUAGAUCCUCCACAACUGACAACGGAGUCCGUCAGGUAUUGGUCAGACUUCAAUAGAGUCUACUUCAACCCAAAGUCCAUUGUCCAGCUCAAUGAGUAUGAGUUGAGCUCAACGCUGAUGCCGUUCGAGAGUUGGGAAGUGGGAGAAGAUCUCUUCAACUCUCUCGACAAAGAACAUGACUUACUAGAUCGUGAUUUAAGAGUAUUUGCGGAGGAGGCUGAUCACAUGCAGGGUGUUCAGGUCAUGGCAGGAGUUGACGAUGCGUGGGGUGGAUUCGCGGCAAGAUAUAUGGACCGCAUCAGGGACGAAUAUGGCAAAACAACAGUUUCCUUCUGGGGACUCGAAGACGGUUUGACGUCGAUUUCAAGAGAGAAACGAAUCAUGAGGCUGUCGAACAUAGCCCGGUCACUCUCAGAAAUCGCCCCACAGGCAUCCCUUUUCAUCCCCAUGACCUUACCUACAGCUAGGUUACCUAAUUAUGUCACGGUUGAUCGUCAGUCGCCAUGGCACGUGUCUGGGCUUCUUUCGGCAGCACUUGAAAGUAUGAGCCUGCCAUCAAGACUGAAGACCAAAUAUGGAAGCCGCAAAACAAUAGACAGACUCAUCAGCGCCCUGAACAUCAAUGGCAAUCAAAACAUAGCAAAGUUGCGGAUGAGCGUCGAUCAGAAAACAGCACCGAAUAGACACCAGGGGCCAGGAAGAUUGGCUGCACCAACAGAGAGCAGAGAUUCCAGAGUGUCCUAUCAAGAUAGAAGCGUUCGCGGCUCCCAGGCAGGUGGGGACAGUGAUUUAAACACGUUUGAUAUGGACUUCUUCCCUGCGGAGACCGGUGAACAAAUCAGUAGGCGGCAAAGUAACAAGGAAUCUCACGUUUUUGGCCAAGUCGAGGGCUAUAGAGUUAAAGAAAUUACCGAUUCACAGGAAACCAGUGGGGAGGAUGAGGGAUACGAGCGCGCACGGCGACGGGCUGCUGGGCUGCCAUUGAUACAAAAUGCUCUCGUAUCGAGAACAGCCGUCAGAUCAUUCCAGGUUUCUCUGUAUGCAUGGUCGCUCGCCGCCGGGAUUCCUGCUGACUCUCACCGCAGAACUAUCACACCCCUGUUGUUUCCCCUCCUUGACAGCUUUCCCCACAUCUUCGCACAGGCAAGUGUGACCGCAUCGUUGGCCAUCAGCACAUCGUUGUCAACUGAUACGACCGUCGCCUUGCAGGUGAAAAGGCUCCAAUCUAUCGUAAGCAGGGCCGUUGCGAUAACAGAGCGGGAGGCUCUCAGUAACUCCCUAGGCGAGAUUGCCGAGGCUUACGAGGAAGGAUGGGAUAGCGAAUCAGACGAAGAUGAAGAUUGAAAUGUUGAGAGUGCGGUGAGCCUGAGGAGUCGUCUUGCGGGCAUCAUGGGUUUGCGGUUAGUUCCAAAGCUUACUGAUGAGCCGGAUCCAGUAUAUCGCAUCACAGAAUAGAGGUGCUGCACUGCGAAUGAC